AUGCGAUGCUACCUCGCCCUUUGGGCCUCGGCGUUGGCAGCUGCCUCGACCUCCCUCACCGACAACCCGUAUUCUGUCCUACCGAUGCCCAGUUCCAGUCCGGAAACCUGCCUUUCGACUACCACGGCCACGCUCACCCAUGAUACGUAUCCUGCUCCGCCGGCUGCUAGCUCCGGUCCCGUGACCACUAUGCCAACUCCUUCAGCCUCCCUCACCAAUAGCCCGUAUCCCGUAUCGCCAGACUCCAGCUCCAGCUUGGUGACCAGUCUGGUGACCACCACAAUCUAUUCACAAACGACGCUGAUGGAAACAUACAGCGCCCCAUGUGUCCAGUGUUGCACUCGCACCUACUCGUGCACGCCUCAGGUCAUCCGUGUUACGGAUACCGUCACGGAAACGGUCACAGCUACGCAGCAUCUCGUCUCCACCAAGCUGGAGUAUACGACCGAAUUCGUCACCUCCACCUCUACCUUGACAUUCGAGACGGUAAGGAAUGAUCCUUGGGAGACAGUCCAGUACUUCAUUUCUGAAUCUCUUCCCUUAGUCGUACCCAAUAACGGUCACAAAAGUGCAAAGACCGUCUUCGAACGUUGCCUACCCAACAGUUGGAGACGGCGUGUGCGAGACGAUAACCACGACCGAGUGGAUCACCACGACGGCCACCAAACCAGUAACAGUCAUCGAGUCAUCUAUCACGACAAAGACGGUCAUGGUGCCAACCGUGUCAUUGUUGCCUACAACCGUGCAAGAGACUCAAACACUGACACUCACCACACCGUCGUCGCGACUAGCAUUAGCACUGCAUACCAGACGACCGUCUCUACCUUGACGACGAGUUUCCCGGUGAUUUCCGAGGUUACCAGACUGGUCACUCAGGUAGCCACAAUUACUGCACCUGGAAAUACCGUCACAGACACUAUUUCUCUACCUGGAGAAACGGUCACUGCACCACGAGAAACAGUCACGGACACUGUUUCUCUGCCCGGAAAUACGGUCACUGCAACUGCGCCAGGAGUUAGAGUCACUGACACCAUUUCACUACCUGGCGAGGCCAUCACCAUACCAGGGAAUACAGUCACAUUGCCGGGAAAGCAGACGACGUUGAGCCUUCCCGGGGAGACGAGAACAUUGCCCGGGAAACUGGUAGUCUCAACUUACACGAAGGAGCUCCCGGCGCAAACCGUUACUGUGACCAAGGAUGGGGCAGUCUUCACAACAGCAAUUCCUGGCGAGAAUGUCGUCAUCACCGUCACAGCUACGCCUGCCAUCACGACCGUCACCGCGCCUCCAGAAUCCGUCACGGUCACGAUCUGUCCGUCACCAACGGGCGCAAUGUCACCGCUGUCACCUGACUCCAACCUCACGUUUGGCUGCAAGCCGGGAUUCGUUUGCAGUCUUCCGAAGCCAAAUGGGUGCAAGCUAUGGCCAGGACCUCCGUCGAAAGAUUUCCUCUGCGAAUACCAGUUAUGCAUCCCGUCGCCUCCAUUUAAAAACGUUGCGUGGGGCCAGAAUGAGACAGGCUACUACCCUCCGUCGUGGGGAUACUUCAACUUGAACCCGGAGGCUUUUGGCUUGUCGUAUGAUAUAUUCGACUAUUACGUCUACGAAGACGUCAAGGAUGGCCACGCCACUACCAUCACGACGGGAAACUGGAAGUCGCAGGCCAGCCUGUCGGAGUGGCCACGUUCCUCCACCAGCGCUACCCCUGCACAUUUCCCACCGCCGUACGGCAGCCAGCGUCGGCGCCGUAAACUCCACACCUUUGGAAAGCGUGACAUCACACCUGGAAUAUGCUUUGACGACUGUAAUAAUGCAUUUGGAAUUGCUCAAUCUGUUGGAAAAACAGAUGCCUUAUGCAAGGCUGGCACUUCAUUCCAGACCAGCUGGAGUCAGUGCACAGAAUGUAUCACCAAGAACGAGAAGUCGACGAAGACCACCAUUCGGGACUACGUCGGUCCCGAGUUCUCUCAGUUUCUAGAAUAUUGCGCAGGCAAUAGCCCGGCAGCAACGAUCGCGUCCGUCAUUGCGCCUGAGCGCAUCGUCAGCUCGCAGCCUGCUGUGGGAACGGCCAGUCAAGGACAGACUAGCCGCAACGGAUUCGCCCUCAUCGGAUCAACCAUGCCCAGUUCGAAUGGGCCGACUAUGGACAUUAACACUUUGGCAGGUACCACAGUUGUGGAAUCUCGCGAGCCCACUUCCGUCCGGCCGGACUUGACAGUCAGAACCUCUCCUGCAGCCGUGCCAUCCUUGGCCCAAACUGCCCGCUCGAUAGGCUCAGCGUCCAGAUCCGCCUAUGCCGUCGAGACCGAGACCGCGCUCGCGACUGGAGCACCUUCUAUAUCGGUCUCUGAACCAGGUCCUAGUUCUGGCUCUGGCCCAGGGUCCAACUCUGCAUCCGCCUCAGCCUCGGGGCCCGUAUCAGUGUCCAAAUCCGGAACCGUUUCCCAAUCACUGUCAUCGCCAACUGCUGGAGGUGACCGAAGCUCAAGGGAAAUUAAUGGAGGCGAUGCAACGGCUACUUUAGGUUCAAGUGGUGUUACCCAAACUGGGGGUGGGCCGAGGAGCAGUUCAAGGGGCGGCGUGCACUCAGCCCCCCAAGGUCUGGACAAUGCCGCCAGCUCGAGAGUCGUUACUAGGACUGAGAGCCCCUCCAUCCCAGCUCAUCCUACCGUCGUUUCCUCAACUGGUUCCGGCAUGGCUAUCGACUGCUACAUGGUAGUCUCGCUUUUGACCGUCGCGGCCAUUGUGCUCUGA